CCGAUUGUGUGAGUCAUGUGUUGACACUUUGAGCGCCAAUUAUCUCACAUUUGAUCCCAAGAAACACCAACUCUUCACUUGUCCUCACCUCUCGUCGUGUGUCCAACACUUGUGGUCAUGUCUUCAAAGAUAAUCCACCAGUUGUUCGAUGCCUUAGUCAACAAAAUAGUCCAAAACAACAAUCAAAUGUCGGACGAAGUGAUCGAGAGCGUCGACUUGAUAUCGAGUAACAAAGUGAGCAAGCUCAUCACCAACCACUCGACCACUUCCUGUGUCAGCUCCACUCCGGACUCAAUACCCGAUUCACUGGAAUCGCUGGAUCUCUGCCAAAGCCAUAGAGUUAUAUUCGAAGUCGAAUCCAAUGACAAGAAGUCGAAGACAACACCCAAUCGUUACUUCUGUUUAAUUGACGCCAAUUAUUGCAGUUGUGAUGCAUUCAGAAAAGGUGUAAUGAAUGACACGAUUCUGUGGUGCAAACACUUACUCGCAUCCAAACUGUCAAAUGCCAUGAAAUCGUAUAAAACAGUGGUUACGAGUCAUGAAAAGAUGGAUAACGUGUGGACUAACCAUAUCCUCAACUAAGGCUCUAUUGAAACAAACAUUUGGACAA